AUGGGCGGGGAUGUCGGCGGAGUGGGGGGCCCACCAGGGGGGGAAGGAUACUCUCUUUGCUUGAACGAGUCCCUCAUCAAUAUUACCAUCUCGUCGAUCUUCUGUUCGAAGAAUUUCACUUAUCCGAACUAUGGAGAAAAUGACUUCAAGGAAGGAAUGGACCUUGAAAGGAUCGUCUCGCUCGUAGUCCCUGCCCUCUUUGGGGUCAUCUUCAUCGUGGGGCUGGUCGGGAACGGACUCGUCGUGCUGGUCGUGGCUUCGAACGCACAGAUGAGAAACACCACCAACAUUCUCAUCAUCAACUUGGCCAUUGCGGAUUUGCUCUUCAUCAUCUUUUGUGUCCCUUUCACGGCGGCGGAUUACGUCUUGACGUAUUGGCCGUUCGGGUUAAUCUGGUGCAAAACGGUCCAAUAUCUCAUCAUCGUGACGGCCUACGUAUCCGUGUACACCUUGGUGAUUAUGAGCGUGGACCGUUUUCUGGCAGUGGUCUAUCCCGUGGCGUCCAUCUCGAUCCGGACGGAGAACAAUACCUAUCUCGCCAUCGCCAUCACCUGGGCCAUCGUUCUCAUCUCCUGUCUCCCCGUCUUAUCCGCCCACGGACUCACCUUCUAUGAAUACGCGUACGAGUCCCAUGCAGCCUGCACAUUUAAUCAGGAAUACAACCACGCCGCGUUUCAGAUUUCCUUCAUGCUCACUUCCUACGCUAUUCCGCUCGCCAUCAUUUGUCUGCUCUACUUCGGGAUGCUUUUCCGACUUUGGAAAUCCGUCUCCGCCGCGGGAUCAAGUGGACGGUCGUUGCGUGGAAAGAAACGCGUGACGCGGAUGGUGGUCGUGGUCGUGGGAGUUUUUGCGGUGUGUUGGCUGCCAAUUCAGGUCGUCCUGCUCUUGAAAUCAUUGAAACUCUAUGAAAUCACCGACCUCUCUGUCGCCAUCCAGAUCACGGCGCACGUUUUGGGCUACAUGAAUUCCUGCGUGAACCCCCUCAUCUACUCCGUGCUGUCGGAAAAUUUCAGGAAGGCGUUUCGAAAAGUGAUCCAAUGCCGGCGCCACGCCCCGUCGCCGCACAACACGAAGCCGCGACCUUCCACGACGCACCACGCGCCGGAAGAGUUGCUCCCGCUGCGGCGCCCGUCUUCCCAGGCGGGGCACGGCGGGGGCGCGGAAAAUUCCGCCCUGCUCUUACAGGACACACAUGUCGUCGCUUUCUCCUCCAACAAUGGGACCCCACACGCCACCAUGGUGACGAGUAAGGUGGGAAAUGAUCACCAUAUUUUGUAGAGAGGUGAAAACUAAAGAAUGGAAUAAACGGGGUAAUUUGCGCCAUAUUGUGAAGGUGUGUAACAUGUGGCGUAAGUUGUGGGGAGAAUUUUUGUAGAAAUUUUUGUCUCAUUUUUCCCUCCAGAGAGAAAGAUCUGUAUGUAUGUAAAGCUGUGUUUAUGUUUAUACUUCACUACUUACUAACUUGCGCCAAAUGUUAUGGUUUAACUAUGGCGCAAGUUGACAAGGAGUGAAAUAUGUUGAAAUAUAGCUUAAACGCUGGUUUUAUACUUUAGUCAUUACUAACUUGCGCCAGUUGUGUAUAUAUUUUAACUAUGGCGCAAGUUAGUAAGGUGUGAAAUAUGCAUAAAUAUAGUUUAAAGCUGAGUUUAUACCUCACUACUUACCAACUGGCGCCGAAUGCUAUAUUUACUUUAACUAUGGCGCAAGUUAGCAAGAUGUAAAAACGCAGUUUAAACCUAGUAUGUCUGCACCUGGACGAAAAUUCAUGAAAAUUUGUUUUCACUCUACAAAAUGCGUCUAAUUUUUAACCUAAUCCGACAUUUUGCAUGCAUACCUAGUAAUUUAAAUAACUAAUUUACAUAUUGUUCAUGUCGUCAACCGUGUACUAAAGCUAAAUCUGUCUGUACCCCACUUUUGCGUAAUUCUGUACAUACAUACAUUUUAUUACGAAAUCUUACAUAUUUCAUCAUUACACACGUAAUGUCUGCACACAUUAUUAAUUAUACAUAAAAACAUCUCCCCGGGUGGGUGGGUGGAUGGUCACGGUCUGGUGGAUUGUGCACGUGCAAAAUUUCCCAUUAAAAGCUACCCUCCCCCUCGAGAAGUCGCAAAACAACGUCACAAAGAAGGCUAAGAUUGAGUACAUUUUUUCAUGCUUUGUCCGACUUUCUUACACUCUUAAAAAACUGGUAUUAAAUCUUUACCGAUCCUGGUAAUACCGUAAAGUAUUGUUGUGGUAAUCAAAAAUCUACCACUCGCAAACAAAACUACUACCAAUCCGGUAGAAAAUUAUUACCAAAUCAAUAUCAGUACGGAGUAUAUCUGACACUACUAGAUUUUUAACAGUGGGGUAUUAAAUCAUUACUGGUCGUAGUAUAUUAUAUGAUACAUUAUAUGACUCUACCGACACUGGUAAUAACGGGAUUUACCUUUUACUAAAGUUCUAGUAAUGAUUAGUUUACAACUCAGCAGCAACCUACUACCAAUCCGGUAGGAAAUUAAUACCAAAUCUUUACCCGAUUUUUAAGAGUGAAUUUCUUUGCUGAAAGGCGACCCUUUCUUCUUCGUUUACGUCUCAGGAAAUGGAAAAUGAAAUGCGGUUUGUGGUCGCGUAAAAAGUGUGUAUGUCUCUCGUGCUAAUUGUACACAGGGGUAAUUUCCCCAGGGAGAAAUGUUCUAUAAAACUCGUCCAUUUUUAAACCCGCUCUGGGGAAAAAUCUUUCCACUUUCUCUCCUUCCCACUUUCUCUAGUGUUUCGGGACGGAAGUAAUCAUUUGGAAAAAAUAACGGAAAGAAAGUGGUUUAUUGCAGGGGAAUAUUUUGACCUGCAAGAAAUGCAAAGAGCAACAAACUAUCUUCACCCGCUAUACUUCAUGGAUAGAUGGCGCAUAUUUCGCGCACUUUCUCCCAGUUUCUUGCACCUCACAUUUCUUGAUUUCCAGUGCAAGAAAUAAAUAUAUCCCAGCUGCAAGAAGCGAUACCCUGGCUUUCUCCAAACUGCAUUGUUUCCUCCCUUCCUUCAAGGUUAUCUUAGCCAGCUUAUUACUUGAUCCACAUCCACAUCCACAUCUUCUGAUGGUGACACUUUUUGGCAGCAUUAUUGGCAACACGAGCAGAUUUUGGUGUCUCCUUAUUUGCUUUGUUCUUUCACUCUGGUUCUGCUUUUGAGGUGUUUAAUUACGAGUGAAAGACUUUGUCCUUCAACUUCUCCUCUGAUUUUCACGUACUCACAAUUAUUUUCGUACCUCCAAGAACAACAACAAAUUCGCCGUUCCAAUCCAUUUAAUUUAAUUUCGUGACGUCUGUUAAAGAACCAAAUACUGACAAUGGGGGGAAGUAAACCAUGUUCAACCCGGAUUAUUUUUUGGCCAUGUUAGUUUGAAAGAGAAACUCUUUAGAAACAACAUUUAGUGCAGGACUUGCGCAGAUGCGAAAAUUUUAGCAAAUUCUUGGCGCCGCCAUGUGCCGUCGCAAGACGCAGAUUACGCUGAAAAACCGAGCGUUUUCGCGAACUUUUGGCGCCCAUAACUUUCUAAAUUUUUCGCAUGUCCAAAUUCCGCGCUAAAGAGUUAAAACUAACAUGGCCAAAAAAUAAUCUGGCUUGAAUAUUGUUUGCGUCCCCAUUUCGCAAACUUGCGGCGCCCUAAACUUGCCGAAUUUUCGCAUCUGUGCAAAUUCCUCAUAAAAUGCAGCUUCCAAAGAGUUGCCCUUUCAAACUAACACGGCCAAAAAAAAUCUGGCCUGAACAUGGUUUGCGUUCCCCUUGGACGUGACUAUAUUCGUAUGUACGAAGAGUGGAAAAUUUUGCCAAAAACUAUCACAAUUCAUUCCCACCUACCUGCCUAAGAUCUCCUCCACUCCACUCUUUGUACAUAAGCUCUCCCGUAAUUACUUGUUCCUCUUCUUCCGAGUGGAGUGAAAAGUCCUUGUUGUUCUUUGUCAAAGGGGGAUUUCACUCGUACAUAAGUGAAAUGAAAUGGUGCAAGAACAAGGCGACCAAAACUUGACAAACAAACUCGUCUCCUCCUCCGACUAAUUCCUCCUCGCAAUCAUUGAAAUUUGAUGCCUCAAAGUCCAAACUUUAGUGGAAAUUAAUGACGACGGAGGUGAUGAAAUGAAAUAAAAUCUCUCGCUCUUUCUCUUUACAUUUACAUAGCCUCGAAUUUUACUUGAUAGCUCAACGAAUGUCGAGAAUGAGGUACGUACGUACGUACAGAUUUAAAUUAUCCAAACAACAAAGUGAAAGUCCAGUGUUGCAUAGGGUGAAAGUAAGAGGAACCAUUGGGAAGAAAUAUAAGGGGAGAAAGUGGUUUUUAGCAGGUGAGUAUUUUGACCUGCAAGAAAUGCAAGUGAGAGUCGGGUGAAAGCAUGCAAAAAUUUGCAAGAAAUGGCGAAGAGAAAGCGCUUUUUUGGAGGUGAAUAUUUUGAUUUGCAGGAAAUGGAAACUAUAAAUAUUUCAAAUAUUUCCCGCCAAGUACUUCAUACUGCGCGUGACUAGAUGGCGCACUUUCUCCCAGUUUCUUACACCUCGCAUUUCUCACAUUUCUUACUUUCCAGAACAAGAACUGUACUGUAGCAAACCACAAGAGACGAAACACUGGGAGAAAGUCGUCACCCAUUUGUAACAACAAUGCGACAAUGUUUGGGGCAAGUUGAGACUUUUAGCGUCAUGUUUCCACCCACCCACCCACUCAAAUUAAUCAAAUCCACCCACCCACCAACACAAUCACAUAACCCAACACCACACUAAAACGAGAAACAACAGGGUGAAAGCUGCUGCUGCUUACAUAAAUAAAAACAUUCUUCACCAGCAGCGCAAUCAGCAUAUAUAAUUAGCAUAGAAAACAAUAGACUAUUUAUACAAAAAUAUGAACAAACACUUCACUAAUUACUUACUUAAGAAGAGAGAAUGUUACUAUGAACACUGAUUAUUAUUCCGUGUACCUGAGAAUUGUACAUGACACGAGAGAAAGCAAGGUGAAAAUUAUUAGGUGUAUUUUAUACAAAAAUAAAAAAUAUAUAUAAAUUCAGGAAAUUAUGAAUGCCAAAUUUUCGCACUUUUACCACCCAAACGAGCCCUUGGGUGGUAACGGUGUGAUUUAGGUUUUGGCCGUACUUUUUUAAAGAGAAAGCUACGACUGCUUUCUCCAAGGAAUUAUUUUACUUCGUCGUUUUGGUGAUGAUGUGAUACUCUUACUAAUUAUUAGAUAGGUAGAUAAGUAUACAGAUACUCUAACUUACCGCUAAUCGGAUUAAGUUAAGGUGAAGGGAUUAAAUAUUAUAGUUAAGAUAGUAGUUAUUAAGUCGAUCGAUGAAGAUGAAGAUGAGUAACAAGAUCACGCCAGACCAGAAAACCAACCAAUCUAAUAAUGUAUUUACUUACUUAAUUUGUGUAUUUAUCUAUUUACUAAUGGAUUAUUAUUUUGGAACAAAACAGAGAUUACUUAUAUUAUAUAUGUACUAAAUGUUUACGUGUUUAUAAAAAAAAUAUUUAUGGGUGUAUUGUAUAUGUAUCGUGACCUACAAGAUGUCGUACUGUAAGCUACAAGACAUAUUAUUCAUGUUUUCCAUCAGGUAACCUACAAGACGUGUUAAUAGAGAGAUUGUGCAAGAGUAAUUAUUUCUGAGUGUGAUUGUAGGUAAUUUUGACUGUAAAUAUAUUAUCAUCAUUUCAAUCAGAAUCAAACAAGAAUUAAAAUAUAUUAUCAUCUACAAUCAAAACUACAAUCACAAAGCGCAACCUCUCUAAUAUUUUCCAACGAGAAAAAGAGAAAUUAACAUGUUCGCGUAUUGUGACCUACAAAAUAUGUACUGUACUGUAAACUUAUAUCUUCUUGUAUCGAUGUAUCGCUGUCAUUCUAAAUUAUUACUACUAAUAAAUCAAUGUUGUCUACUAAAUGA